GUCUACACCAGCAUCCGCUAUGACACGCGGCUCGUGUCCUGCGACAAGAACACAGAGGCAUCCUGCAACAAACCCUGUCCUUUCUACAUGCUCGAGCACCACUGGACUCGACUACAAGUCGCCAAAUGGAGUACCUUCUUCUUCGCGGACGACAGACCGCGACCCAACUCCGGUGGUCCGGCGGUACUUUUCCAAGCUCUCAUGACAGCAGUCAGACAAUGGCACGAGAAGCAUCCCGGCGAGAACCCUGAGGCACUACGGAUCAAAAUUCGCUCGUAUGUGGGAGGCAAAAUGCGAACGGAAAUCUAUCAUCCAUUGAAAAGUGUGCCGCUCAGUACUCUAUUCCCAACGACUUUCAAUGUACCACUGGACCAACGAAAGACCGAAUGGACGAUGGUGCUGGACACGGAACCCACGGAGCCAGCCGAGUCGACCAUGUUCAAGACCAACGAUCGAGCUUUCUAUGGACGUGCACGAAUAGAUGCUGGAAUCAUGAAUUUCAUCCAACCGCGAGAGGUCCUGCUUUACACGCCAGAAAAUACGGUGCUGGAUGGAUCUAUCUGUACGCCGUAUUUCUAUCGCAACGGCAGGUGGGUAACGCCGGAGUCAUCGGCUGGAGGUUUGCAGGGCACGACUCGUCGUUGGGCGCUCGAGAAGGGUCUUUGCGUGGAAGAAAGCGUUCCGAUUGAUACUCUACGGCACGGCGAGAUCGUAUGGGUCAGCAAUGCAGUGCGAGGGUAU